UCUGAAAAGCUUGUUUUCUCUCUCUACAUAAAUCUCUCACUCUCAUCACUCAAAAUCAAAAUGGCUUCUCUGCUAAUGUAUUCAUCAUUGGUCUUAGUUUCUAUUCUACUGAUCAGUUCCACAGAAGCUGUAGAGAUCUUAGUAGGAGGAAAACCCAACUCAUGGAAAGUUCCAUCAUCAGUGUCGGAUUCUCUUAAUAAAUGGGCUGGAUCCACUCGUUUCAACAUCGGAGACUCACUUGUUUGGAAGUUUGACGCCCAGAAGGAUUCAGUAUUGAGAGUUGGUAGAGAAGAUUAUGUAAACUGCAAUGUAACAAAGCCAAUUGCUGAAUACAAAAACGGAAGUGCUAAAAUUGAAUUUGAUCAAUCAGGGCCGUUUUAUUUCGUUAGUGGAAUCAAGGGCAAUUGUGAAAGAGGACAGAAAUUGGUUGUGGUUGUCAUGUCAAAGUUUCAUAAUGGAAUUGCUCCAGCACCUUCACCAAUGGGUUCAGCUUUAGCUCCAUCCAGUGGUUCUCAUAGUUUGAACACUGCAGGUUCAUUCUUGGGUGUUUUAUUAGUACUGGCUUUAUUUUUCUGUGCUUACCGAAGAUUGUGAUUUAAUUAGCCUUUCAAUUUUUAGAAAGACUUGCUAAUUUAUUGAUUCUUUUGUAAAACUUAUGGUUUAAACAUAUUCUUGAGGUAUCAUCUACUUGGUCCUCUUAUUAAGUCAUCUAUAAAAAAAUCCUGUUUCACCU